GUCGUGCGCCGGCCGCAGAGACGCACGCGCGCGCCCUCUCACGCCACUCUGGACGCCGUUUGGCUGACAUGACCGGUUCCACAGACGAACGAUCGCGAUCCACCUGUGUUCAGAGUGCUUGUCCGCUAGUGUUUUCUCUAAUUGGUGCUUUUCAGUGAGUGUCGCCGGGAAUGUACCAGAACUCGCUAUGACCAUCUCCACAAUGGCCCAAAUUGCAUUAAAUGGGUAAUUGAUGUACAGUGAGCUAAGCAACACGACAUGAUCACAAACAGUACUAAUAAACCAAGAGUUUCUACCGUGACGUGACAUUAAAGCACCGACAAAAUGAAAAACAGCGAGGAGUGUUUAAACUGACUUUGGAAGUGUUAAAUAAAAAUAAACAUUGUGAUAUCUGUUCUUAUAUAUUUAAUUUAAUUAAAAGAGACGUUUGACUUUUAUUUGUAAAUGUGUAAGUGCUAUAAACGUUGCGUUGCCUGAAGGCGGGUUUUGCUCGGACUAUCGUAGCCCGCGGCGGAGAAGCAACGGCGUCGGCGGACAUCGCAGGCAUGGGAAUCAAAGUCAUGAUGAAAGCUUUCAAUAAGCCAAAAGACAUCCCGUCGCAGGUGCCGCCGCUCACGCCUGGCACCAACAAGAAGAUGGCCGAGGCGCUGAAGGCUACCUUCGCCUCUUGGGAGAAGGAACAGCUGCGCCUCGGCGUGCCAAAAGACCCCAGACAAUGGAGCGAAGCAGCAGUGGCUGCGUGGCUGCGUUGGGCGGCGCGCGAAUUUUCACUGGAGGGCGUAGCGUUGCAGCAAUUUGCGCGCGCGCAGGGCAAGGACAUAUGCGCCAUGGGCCGCGAGGAGUUCGUCGCGCGCGCGCCUGCUUUUAUGGGCGAUAUCCUAUGGGAACAUCUCGAAAUAUUACAAAAAGAUGUAGAAAAAGAGCGUUCCUUAUUGGCCAACGUACCGCCCAAUAUGUACGAGAGCAACGUAUGUUUGCCGGAACUGCCGGAUUACUUACCCCCGCCCGGACAUCACUACAACAACAACAACAACACUGGUGGGUACACGACAGGUGGCCCUCGCGACGCGACCCCUUACUACACGGAGGCGAGCGCAGCGUCGACAGGCGCAGGCGCAGCGCCGGCGGCAGCGUCGCCUCUCGACGAGUACUACCAGCCGGAGUACCCGCCCCCCGCGCCACCAGCGCAGCCCUACCUCGAAGAUUACUACCACCACGCGCACGCGCACACGCAGCCCCUACUAACACACGAACCCAAAUACCAGCCACACGCGUACUCCAAACCUUACCCCCGAAGCACUGGUGGAAGGUACGGCGGAGAAGGUUAUGGCGAGAGCUACGCGCCAGAAUACGGUGGCGCGUGCACAGAGUGGGCCGAAUGGCCGAGCGAGCAGCACCCCCUCAUCCCCCAGGACAAGCUCGCAUACCCUGCCUCUGGACCCUGCUUCACCGGAUCAGGCCCCAUCCAGCUGUGGCAGUUCCUACUGGAGUUGCUCACCGACAAGAGUUGCCAAGGGUUCAUUUCUUGGACUGGCGACGGCUGGGAAUUCAAGCUCACCGAUCCCGAUGAGGUGGCAAGACGCUGGGGCAUACGGAAGAACAAACCUAAGAUGAAUUACGAGAAACUGUCGCGCGGCCUCCGCUAUUAUUACGACAAGAACAUCAUCCACAAGACUGCUGGCAAACGCUACGUGUACCGCUUUGUAUGUGACCUGCAAAGUUUACUCGGAAUAUCACCGGAGCAACUUCACGCGAUGUAUGAACCCAAAAUGGAAAAGAAAGACGACGACUGAAUUCGCCUUCAACGCGCACUCAACCUCGACCCGCCUCACCUCGCGCGUGGUCAUCCCUUCAUCACCUCUCACACACGGAGACGUACUAAACACAACUGCUGUUCUAAAUACAAAAUUUUAAAUGCCAUCAUUU